AUGUCGUCCUCCAAAGACCCCGCCGAUCCCCUUCGGAUAGAACCCAAAUUCCAGAAACCCGUGAGACAGUCUGUCUUCGAGAAGCAAAAGGCCGAGGCCGAGGCCAAGCGCAAGCGCGAGGCAGCAGAGACCGCCGCGGUAUACGAAGACUUCAUCAAGAGCUUCGACCACGACGACAAUGACAAUGCGAACCAGAGCGCGACGUCGCAGCGAAGUCAGCGACCCGCGUUUGGCGGCUUUGGCGGCCCGCCGCCCUCUGGCCCUGGCGGCGCAUCGCGGCGACACUUUGGCACGUCGUCGGCGUUGAAGAGCGGGCCGGGAAGCCUGGGGACGCCACCUGCUCCCUUUGCUAAGAAGCGAUCUUUCAAUGACUUUUCCAAGGAGCCCGAGGGCAGGCCGACGCUCAAGUUCGAUGACAAGAGCGACGAUGACGAGAUGGUCGACCGGGCGGAGGAGAAGGCUAUAGCAAGGCCGACUCUGCGGUUGUCCAAUCUCCCUCCGGGGAUUUCAAUCGCCACGAUCAAAUCACUAAUGCCUUCCAAUCUCACGGUUGAGGAGGUCAAGAUCCAGCCCCCAGCUGGGCCCGGAGGUUCUGAAAGGAAAUGCGCGGUUGCCAUCGUCACUCUGUCCAAAGAGACUCCCGCGACAGACAUGGAUGCCGCGGUAAGCUCAUUGCAAAACAAGUAUAUGGGCUACGGAUACUAUCUAUCUCUUCACCGCCACCUUUCCUCAGCCGUCAGCUCUACUCUAUCAGGGUUGGCCUCUUCAACCUCUACUACUUCUCAACCCUUUGGCGCCAAACCGGUGGACCGGGAGUCUUCGGCUGCGCACAACGACCAUUCGCGCCACGGAUUCCAACGGGGAUUUGCUCCGCCAACUUCAUACUCCCAUGGGCAAGCGGCUGUGAACCGGACGAACCUGUUGUGCGUACCGGUCAAGCCGCCCCGGGACAUUCGAAUGAUUCGGUUAAUCAACAAGGUCAUUGAAGGAGUUCUCGAACACGGCCCUGAGUUUGAGGCUCUCCUCAUGUCUCGUGCUUCGGUCCAGAGAGAGGAAAGAUGGGCUUGGCUGUGGGACGCCAGGAGCCAGGGUGGCGUUUGGUAUCGAUGGAUGCUUUGGGGAGUCAUUACAGGCUCACAUUUGAAGCAGAAGAAGGGCAAGUAUGUUCCGCUCUUUGACGGAGGCCACGCUUGGAAGACACCGGAAAAAGGCCUUCGCUUCGAGUACACGACAAAGCUCGACGACUUCGUUUCAGACGAGGAAUAUGACUCUUCCGAGGACGAAGACUUUGACGGAGAUGCAAACCGUGACGGCAACCCGACGGCAGAUGAGGAGAAGACGUUUCUCAACCCACUGGAAAAGGCAAAACUCGUACAUCUAUUGUCCCGUCUUCCCACUACAAUUGGCAAGGUUCGCAAGGGUGAUAUUGCGAGGGUCACGGCCUUUGCCAUUACACACGUCAGCCGCGGUGCCGAUGAAGUUGUCGACUUGAUCAUCUCUAAUGUGGAGAGGCCAUUCUCGUUGGCCGUUACUGACCCGGAGAAGAGAAGAGAAGGCAAGGGAGAAAACCAAACAUCAGGCGCGGAUGAAGGUGCGACUGCGAGUGACAAUACCGAUGCAAGCGCCGCGACCCUGGUUGGCCUGUAUGUGGUGUUUGAACGGCUGGGAAUGAUGGCGGAGAAGCUGGGCUGGGGUCGACUACGCGCAGAAAAAUGGAAGCGGAGCGUUACUCUUGUGCUGAACUUGUGGGAAGGCUGGUGCGUCUUUCCUGUUGAAAGCCACGCACUGUUUGUGCGUGCUUUUGAGAGUCCGCCGUCCCUUAAAUCGCAAGAAAAGGCAGGUGAACCUGUCAAGAAGGGGAAAUGGAAGGCUGUCGAGGCCAAUCAGACUCCCACCACGGCUUUGGAGACUAUUGCUACUGAUGAGGCUGCCAGAGAUGGCGAUGCGGUCGGCAAGCCGGAACAGCAGGAGGAAGAAGUGGUAGGGGAGCCUAUCGAGGAAGAGGAAGAAGAAGAAGAAGUUGUAGGCGAGCCUAUUGAGGAAGACGACGUUGACGGCGAGCCUAUUGAAGAUGAAGACGUGGAUGGAGAGCCGAUUGUUGAUGACGACGACGACGUGGGUGCAGAUGCACCAAACGUGCGGGGGGCAGAAGCUCAGGCAGAGCCUCCCUCUACGAGCCGAGCCCAGCCUCGACGGCGAAUGCGAGCAGCCGACAUGUUUGCCGAUUCGGACCAUUCGGAUUGA